CUCUUAAUCUACACAAGGAUUAUCUCACAAUUUCUCUCUUUCUUUUCUCUCGCAAGAGCCUUUACUUUCACUCACUCUUGCUUACCUAUUGUCUUUGCAUGCAUAGGUAUUUAGAGUGAAAAAUCCAACCACCCAUGCGCCAUUUUUCUUUGCCUCAUUAUCAUCCGUCCAUGAUUUUUUUUGCUCAUUAAAUGGGUCAACAUGUAAUUUUGCAUGAUUUCAACAAAACAAAUACUAACCCACAACUCAUUAGGUUGGUGUCCAUGUGGAAAGUCCAUAUGUUCACAUGGGGUCGGACUUUCUACCAACAAAGUCCUGAUGAAAAGGUUUGGGUUUGAUGAUGCUCAUAUUGAGCUCUUGGCUGAUACACCAAGGUCUCUGCUUAUGCCUAUUGGUGCCAACAUCAAGGUGAUAAUUGACCAGAUGGUAGAUAAGGCUAAAGCAGGGGAUGCCCCAUUUUUCCACUAUGGUGGCAAUGGAAUCAAGAUUCCUUCUAUGAAACCUGGCCAUCCUUUCAGACAAAACGAGGUAAUUGUGCCUUGUGACUUCAAUCUAAUCAUUGAGAGCCGACUUAAGGAAAUUUGCAGCCAGCUUAAGGAAUUUGCAAUUGGCAAUGGAAAGCAAAAAUGCAGAAAGCCAGCUACAGCUUUUAGAGCCGGCUCUACGGGCAAAAAUUUCAAGUUCGAACUUUGGCGCGUGUGGAAAAUAGAUGCUAAGUCGGCUUUGACUUUGCAGCCGACUGUGAGGGCGCAUUUAAUGCACAACGAUUAAGUUAUUUGAAGAUUAUUUAAUGUUUUUAAAGUCAAAAUCCUAAAGCUGGCUUUACGUUUUGAAACCGACUUUACAAAGAAAACAAAUGUGCAGGAAACCCACAAAGCCGGUUGUAGAGCCUACUCUAGAAGUGUAAGCUGGCUGUGCUGACAAUUCUGCAACUUGAAUUAAGUGACCUGCAGAGCAUUUAAUGACCCCCAACGGCUAGAAACGAAUAUUUUCAAGCAAUGGGCUAUAAAUAUGAUUGGUAAUAGAUCUGGAACAAGUUUUAGAGCAUUGCAUUGAAUAUCUUUACCUACCUACUUGUGCUUUAACUUCAGUUUCAAUCUUUGAGUGAUCUUUGCUUGUAAUUCUCUUCUUGUUCUAUUAGUGUAUUUUCUUAAGGGUGUGAUUAUUCCUCAAAGAGUGAUCUAUAGAGAGGAUUCUUGGGGUUUAUGUUGUAAAGGGGUAAGGUUUGAAAGAAAUACUCAUCUUCUUGUAAAAGGAUUGAAUGGCUCCUUUAAGCCAUCCUUGUCUUUCUUAGUGGAGAAUGUGGAGGAAAUCCUUGGUGAGUAAAGCCAAGGUAGAGGA